AUGGCUCUUUCUUGUUACACCUUCAUCCCUCCUUCUUUACCCUCUCUUUAUCUACACAAUCAUCGUUCAUCACAUCUUCCUCUUAGAGUUUCUCAUAUAAAUGCUUCCUUAAAAUCUUCUGAUUCAAAAGCACCAUCAUCAACAUCAUCACAACAAAGUGUGCCAUCUUCAACCCCUUAUGUUGAAUCUAGGCCACAUGAGCCUGCUUUUAACUAUGCCGUUGCCAACACUAAUGGCAACCCACUUCUUAGGAUGGUUCAAAAUACAGAAUCUUCCAUUGAAAGGGUGAUUUUCGACUUCCGUUUCUUGGCACUCUUUGCUGUUGCAGGUUCCUUGGCUGGCUCACUCCUUUGCUUUCUAAAUGGUUGUGUUUAUAUUGUUGGUGCAUACAAAGUGUAUUGGUCAAGCUAUGUCAAAGGAGUUCACACCGGAAAGAUGGUUCUGCUUCUGGUUGAAGCAAUUGAUAAUUUAUGA